UGGAGAAGUGUGGGCAAGAUCACAGAGUAUCCUAGCAAUGGACUGGCCAAGCAUCAGUGAGCGUGAUAUGGCUUGUAGUCCAGUCACAGCGAUUUCAGACUGCUAGUAUUGGGGCAGACUGGCAGUGUAGGGGCAGACUGGCAAUUUUUUUUGGCAGCCAUUGGGGGUAGAUUGGCGCCAUUGGGGCAGACUGGCAGUGUAGGGGCAGCCAUUGGGGCAGACUGGCAGUGUAGGGGCAGCCAUUGGGGCAGACUGGCAGUGUAGGGGCAGCCAUUGGGGCAGACUGGAAGUUUUUUUGGCAGCCAUUGGGGCAGUGUAGGGGCAGCCAUUGGGGCAGACUGGCAGUGUAGGGGCAGCCAUUGGGGCAGACUGGAAGUUUUUUUGGCAGCCAUUGGGGCAGAUUGGGGCUAUUGGGGCAGAUUUACUGUGUAGGGGCAGCCAUUGGGCAGACUGGCAGUGUUGGUGCAGACUGGCGCUGUAGGGGCAGCCAUUGGGGCACCAACAUUAUAAAGGGCAGGGUGCUGCAUCUCAUAAGCUCAUCACGUGGAAUUAUGUUUUGGCAAAUUUAAAACAAGUAGAUUUGGCGCAGAUGUUGAAGAUUUGUUGAACACUGUUCGAAGGCUGAGCGGAGAUUAAAGAUAAACCAAAAGCUAGAGCGAUGGCUUCCUGGUAGCACUACGGAACCAUGGCGUGUGGGCCAAGUGUAGGGGAUGCUGACAUGAACUCCAUUCCACUUGUAGCUUUGAAUUAUAAUACAAGACACAAGCUGUCUUUAUACCUAAACCCAGAUGCUGUGGUGGCUGCAGGCUGGACUCAUCUUGCAGAAGAAAUGGACUAUUCAUAUUUAGAGAUAAAGAAUUUUGAAAGAGCGCCUAACCCAACCCAAUCACUGCUGGAAGAUUGGGAGAAAAGGUGCUCGCGGCCAACUGUUGGGGAACUCCUGGCAUUUUUGAGGAAAAUUGAGAGGAACGAUAUUCUUACAGACCUCUCAUCAUUAAUAGAAUCGGACUGUAAGAAAUAUUUAACUAAAUGGGGGACGCGUAGCCAACCACCCCCAUUGCAAGAUGCCACUGUGGACAGCAGCGCUGGACAAGCACCCGAGCAGUUUGAUGCGUUCAUCUGCUACUGUGCCCAGGAUAUUAAGUUUGUGCAGGAGAUGAUCCUCCGAUUUGAGCAGUCUGAGCAUAACCUGAAGCUGUGUGUGUUUGACAGGGACGUCCUUCCUGGUACAUGUCUGUGGUCUAUAACCAGCGAACUUAUAGAAAAAAGGUGCAGGAAGAUGGUGGUGAUUAUUUCUGAUGAUUACCUGGACAGUAAUGAAUGUGACUUUCAGACAAAAUUUGCUCUUAGCCUUGGACCAGGUGCUCAGAAGCGAAGGCUGAUUCCAGUGAAAUACAAACCCAUGAAGAGGGAAUUUCCCAGCAUCCUGCGUUUCCUUACACUGUGUGACUAUACGAACCUCCACACCCAGGCCUGGUUUUGGGACAGACUCGCCAAGGCCCUGAAGAAUUGAGAAAUUCAAAUAAUGUGAUUGUAAUGAUUUACUCAGGUUUCUUUUCAGUCCUGCAGUGCCUAAGCAACUGACUUUAUUGUGGGUUAAUUCCAACUAUACUUGGUAGAGGCUGCUAUCUGGUCAAGUUCUCAAAUAUGGAUUUAUGCAAACGGACCAGAGUGAGGCAGGUGCCUUAGAGUUCUAUACAGACCUUCUGUUUCUAAUUAUAUGCUUUUUAAAAAUGGUGUUUCUAUGAGUAAAAACAUUCAUGCAUGAGCUGUAAAAGCCUGUCUCCCCUGUGUUCCACCUGGACGCAGAGAUCUCGCUGGACAUCCAUGUGUCCUCUGCAGAUUUAUUAACCUCUCUCAAGUGCAGAACUAGACGAUAACAGUUCCUUUUGAUCACUUAUAUUUUGGGCUAGUUUUAAAAAGGGAGGACCCCUUUCAUAAUCAUUAUUCUUUACAUUUAUUAUUCUAUAUACCAUUAUAGCUUUACUGAAGGGGAAGUAGGUGGAAAUAUAAAAGUGGUGGAAAUGGUCUUUAACCACUUUUUUCCCUUCAAAAGCAUUAACAACAUUGUUUUUUAACAUUUAUUUUAUUUAAUAAAGUUGAAAAAGUAUUUUUUUUUAAAUAUUUAAACUUUAUAUUAUGCAAAUCUGCAGAACGGAUCUCCGCGUCAAAAACGGGGAUCAGGGUGGGACGGCGCAGUUGCAUGAAAUCUGACCAUGCCAGUUAAGGGAGAUACCUGGGGUCAUAUGGAGCAUAGAAUAACUACAGUAGAAUUUAUUGGAGAAUUUCAUAAUCGGGGUAAUAAGUCUCAGAACGCUCCAGUUCAGCUGCCAUAAAAUUAAAAUGUUUCUAUUUGUUUUUCUUUACGCAGUUACACAUAUUAGUCAGAUCUUUACUGCAAUGUAUCCAGAUGUGUCUGUCUGAGGCGUGUAUUAUAGGGAAUAAUUAGAUCUAAUAAACACAAAGAUGUGUAUAUGGUGAUUUUCAUACCUUAGCUGAACUGUAAUGAUUUCAUGUUUUAAUAUGGGAAGCAUUUCCACUUCAUGUUCUGUACUGUAUUCCUGCUGUGUCUCACACUUCCCUUAUGUUCACCAGUCUUUUCUGUUUAUAUUCUUUUGGAAACUACGGGGUCAUUGGAACAGCCUGUUAGAUGUAGGUAUGGACGAGUUCUCGGCUAGUCUGCCCAAUGUAUUAAAAGGGAAAGAGAAUAACAAAUGUAGCUACACUACCAACAGAGUCAUAAAACACAACCUCCUUCCAUAAGGGAAUCCGUUUUGGACAGCUCCACCAUAUACGUAAAAUGGUUCCCAUAUCCCUCUCACAACACCAGCACUGAGUGGAGAUAUCAGGAUUCAUUUUAUUUAGUCUAGUGGGGACAUAAUACCAUCUGUAGAAUAGUUUAAAAGGGGUUUCUUUUAUAUGGACACAGAUGGCGCUAGAGGCCACGUUAGAGUAAUGGUGCCCAUACACUUAUACGAUAUGGCCCUUUUUCACACGAUUUUGACACAUCGGGCCGAUACAAUGUGACACUUUUCACACAAUUUAUGUGUUUUACCUCCGAUGCGCAGUCCCAUGCGCAUUGGAUCAGAUCCAGAGAUCCUCAUGGCUUCCACAAGGAUUUGUUGGAUCCCGCAGCCAUGAGUGGGAUCAAAUACGAUACAUAGUAUGCAAAAGGUCCGCAUACGAUUUCUAGUAUGCGGUCCAGCCGCCCGGGAGCUGCCGUGUGAGUUGGUGGUGUAUCGGAUGCAAGGUUUACAUGCUAUACCACGCACUAUUACAUGGCCACCUUAAAUGUCAUCCCAGUCCUCGUUGUCCAGUGUUUCCCCCAAAUUAAUCUUCCAAACCCUCUCGUGAGGGUCCCUUUCCUCUGUAUGUGAAGGGAGAGAACUGUGUACAACGUAGAAAUAAGGCCCCUGGUAGAUGUCCCUCUAGAACAGGGGUGGGCAAUUAUUUCAGCUGGGGGGCCGCUUAACACUUCCAGCGAAUAUUCGAGGGCCACAUACAAAAUACUCAAAAAGAGUCCCCUUUUUACACAUUACGGCAGACAGCGUGCCCUUUUUUUUUACACAUUACGGCAGAUAGCGUCCCCCUUUUUACACAUUACGGAAGACAGCGUCCCCUUUUUACACAUUACAGCAGACAUCGUCCCCCUUUUUACACAUUACGGCAGACAUCGUCCCCCUUUUUACACAUUACGGCAGACAGUGCCCCCGUUUUUACACAUUACGGCAGACAACGUCCCCCUUUUUACACAUUACGGCAAGCAUCGUCCCCCUUUUUACACAUUACGGCAGACAUCGUAUCUCUUUUUACACAUUACAGCAGACCGUGCCCCCGUUUUUACACAUUACGGCAGACAUCGUCCCCCUUUUUACACAUUACGGCAGACAUCGUCCCCCUUUUUACACAUUACGGCAGACAUCGUCCCCCUUUUUACACAUUACGGCAGACAUCGUCCCCCUUUUUACACAUUACGGCAGACAUCGUCCCCCUUUUUACACAUUACGGCAGACAGUGCCCCCUUUUUACACAUUACGGCAGACAUCGUCCCCCUUUUUUACACAUUACGGCAGACAGCGUCCCACUUUUUUACAUAUUAUGGCAGACAGUCCCUUCCCCCCCUCCCCUAAACCCAUAUUGCAGAUUUUAACUCCGCGGCCUCCCCACCCCUAAUCCUAUAUGGCAGCUGAAGCGCUGAUCCAGGGGCCGGCUGGACAGGGGGUUUACCUGUUUUUCACAGUGGCAGACGAUCCCCACUGUCCGAUGAUCCGCGCUGCUGCUGCCGCCUGGAGUCGCUGCUGAUGAGGCCUCUCCUGCUUCCGCUCGCUGGCCACCGCUCCUUCUCCUGACUCAGCCGCCGCUCCUGCUCACUGCAGUGCCCGCCCCCCGUGCCGCCCAGCGCGCGCAUGGUAACAGAGGAAAUCCCGGUCAGCUGACCCUGUGACGUGACCGGGAUUUCCUCAGCGGCGCCGCGUCUGAGAGCAGUGCAAUGACAAGCGGCCUGUCGGGCCGCUUGUCAUUGCACUCUGGUGGGGCACAGCGGGCCAGGCACGAUCGGUCCGCGGGCCGCAUGUUGCCCACCCCUACUCUAGAACCUAAAUACUCCACUGUAGGGAGAGGAUUUAAGUCUUGUUGUUAUCAUAGAGUGAAAGUGUCGGAUUUGUAGAUAUUGGAAAAAGAAUGUGUUAGGAAUUGAGAAUUUGGUGCUAAUAUCUGCAAACUUGGGCAAGGAAGAGUCUUGUGUAAUAGAAAGGGUGUUUUACAGGUUUAUUAAUUGAAAACAAAAGUGCUGAUUUUUAUCUUUUGUAAAAAAAAAAAAGUUACCUAAAAUAAAAAUGUAUGGAUGAUGUCCUGAUCUCUCUUACUGA